AUGGCGUUCUUAAUACUGGUCAUCGGCGACCUGCACAUCCCAGACCGCGCCCUCGAUAUCCCUCCCAAGUUCAAGAAGCUCCUCGCCCCAGGAAAGAUCGGCCAGACCCUCUGCCUGGGCAACCUGACGGAUAAGCACACGUACGAGUACCUCCGCACCAUCGCCCCGGACCUCAAGAUCGUCAAGGGCCGCUUCGACGUCGAGGCCACCAGCCUGCCCCUGACCCAGGUCGUCACUCACGGCUCCCUGCGCAUCGGCUUCCUCGAGGGCUUCACCCUCGUCUCCAACGAGCCCGACCUGCUCCUCGCCGAGGCCAACAAGCUCGACGUCGACGUCCUUUGCUGGGGCGGCACCCACAAGUUCGACGCCUUUGAGUACAUGGACAAGUUCUUCGUCAAUCCCGGCAGUGCCACCGGCGCCUUUACCGCGAGCUGGGGCAAGGACGGCGAGGAGCCCGUUCCGAGCUUCUGCUUGAUGGACGUGCAAGGUAUCUCCCUCACUUUAUAUGUUUACCAACUACGGAAAGACGACAAGGGCAACGAAAACGUGGCGGUGGAAAAGGUGACAUACACCAAGCCCGUGGAGCCGUCCGCUGCGCCAUGA